AGCCAAAAGAGUGAAAGACAACAAAUCGGAUUAAACAAUCGCCUCGAGAUGUUCAACGGGAUGGUGAGAACCAUCCGCGACAGCGUCGUGGGCACCUACCCGUCCUGCCACGUGUCCUCGCGGCUGGAGGAGCGGCGGGCCAAGCAGAGGGCGAUGCGCCAGGAGCGCAGGAGGAAACCGGACAAGCCGGACGACUUUGUCACCUACGAGGACUCGGGCAGCGACGAGGAGACGCCCCAGCAGCAGGAGGAGGUGCUGAACACCUCAUACAACCUCUGCGACUACCUGCGCAGCCGGGAGAGCGGCCUCCGGGAUCGUCGCAGCGUCAAUGUGGAGUACACAAGCCGCUAUGUGCUCACCCACGACAUGCUGCGCGAAACGCAGAUCAGCCUGGGCUACAUCAACAAGGUCUUCUGCUCCAAGUGGCUGAGCAGCAGACAAGUGGUCUUCGGCACAAAGUGCAACAAGCUGCUGGUCUACGACGUGAACAUGCGGCGGGUGGACGCCAUACCCACGCUGUCCAACAGCCGUGCCAACCAUCCGGAGGUUCAGGGUGGCCUGCACGCCAUCGAGCUGUCGCCCAGCCGCUCCUUCCUGGCCACCGGAGCACGCAACUCCUCGGACAUCGCUGUGUAUCGACUGCCUACGCUGGAUCCCGUUUGCGUUGGCGAGGGCGGACACCGCGACCUGAUCAUGGGCAUGUGCUGGCUGGAUGACCAGUUCCUGGUCUCCGGCUCCAAGGAUUCGCGCAUGGCCUUGUGGCGCAUCAACGAGGAUCACAUGGAGUUCCCGGAUGGCGGCGAGGAGGCGUGUCCCACCUUUGCCACAAUCCAUCCACUGAGCGUCAAGGAAGUGCGAACUGCCCAGAGGAUCCGUUCGCUUUGCUUCAACAAGGAGUUCAAGGAGAUCGCUGCCCUCUCCCUGAACGGCUACAUUCACAUCUUCAACGCGGAGACCUUCAAGCAGACGCUCUCCCGCAAGCUGCCAAACUGCCAGGACAAUGUGAGCAUUGCCUACCACAGCGACGGUCUGUAUGCCGUCGGCUGCCGUUCCUACACCAUCCUCCUGGACGCGCGGACGCUUCAGACCAUCAAGAAGAUCACCUCCCGGUACAGUGGGUGCGGAAUUCGGGCCACAUCCUUCGAGGGAAACCUCCUGACCGUCGGCACGGGUCUGGGCAUGCUCCUGUUCUACGACAUCCGCGCCGGAAAGUAUCUGGAGAGCAGUGUGAAUGCCUCGCGCACCGUUGCACUCAAGUGCAGCAAGGGAAUUGUGUACCCAGAGGACGAGAUGGACGGCUUCCAGCAGGUGAAGUACGUGCCCGCCAUCUAUACCCACUGCUACGACAGCACCAGGAUGCGGCUCUUCGCAGCGGGCGGACCUCUGCCGGCCACCUUGGUGGGCAACUAUGCGGGCGUUUGGCAAUAGACUAGCAAUGGAUGCGAUCCGCGCUCACAUUACUGAUUAGUCCUUAAGUAGUUAUUCGACUUGUGAUCUAUAAUCUUCUGGCGCAUUUCGAUUCAAAAGCGUUCACCUGCAUACGUAUUCCGCCAAGUCCGAAGUUUUUAAUUUAGUUCGAUUACUCAGUUUGGGUUUUAAUAAUCUUUAUGUUAGGUUUAUGUUAAUGAUAUUUUAUAUUGUGUGAACAAUAUACACCGUUCAUAAGUGUAAAUGUAUGCAUAACUACUGAUCCUAUUUAUAUAUAUAGUACAUACAAUACAAGUAAUGGAAUACUAAUUUAUAGACAAUGCAGCUGAUUUAUAGUCUGAUCUAUAUGGUAAUAGAAUUUCAAAUUAAAGAAAACAUUGACAAACUGA